AUGUUUCCUAUCAAGCGAACAAAGUCUUAUUGGGAUUUUUCUUUGUUUUUCGCAGAGCGUUGGGUUUCGGACUUGCUUCCUCUCAUCAACCGAUCGACCCUGAAACGGUUGUCUCUUUUUACCCGAGCCGAGCAAAAGGAAAUCAAUCAAGCCCGAACAAUGAAGCAAUUGCCCGAUCUGAGCCUUAUUACGGCGGGGAAGAUAGGUGCCAAAAAGGGUACUGACGGCUCUGCGGGAGUCGAGAUUACGGACGUCGUCCCCGUUAUCGCCGAGCAGGCGCCCGCUGGCGGUUCUUCUCAGGGAAAGGCCUCGAAGAAGAAGAGAGGCAAGGAGACUCGGAAAGAGUCUGACGAGAUAGGUCAAACCGAUCCGGAUAAUCCCUCGAAGAAGAGUAGUAAGAAGAGGAAAGCCGCGGAACCACCUGUGGAAGACGUUCCCAGAAAAAAGAAAACGAAGAAGCAAGACUUCUCCGCGCCCCGACCAUCCUCGGUUUGCGAAGAGGAACUCCGAGCCUUGGUCCCUGACGCUACUCCCGAGGUUGGGACCUCGGAUGAUGACGAGAAUGAGACCAUCGCUUUGCGUCGGAGAAGACGAGAAGGCUCUCAGCAGAAUCGCGGAGCCUUAGUGGGUGAUCAAGGCCUCUCUGAGACUCCGAGGGAAUUGCCAGCCUCUGAAAGACCGCGAGUCCCUCUGAGGGGCGAUUCUUCGGCUCAUAUCACGGAAGGUUCCGAAACCCGUGUGUCCGGCCGUCCCAAGGAGACCCCGGAGGAUGGGUUUAAGUUCGAGUUCAGCCGAGAACUCCCGCUGGCCUGUUACCCGGAGGAUUGCGCUCGCUUGCUGCGACUAGUCAAAGGCGGUCCUGACUUGCUUCCUUCAGUGGGGGACCUCAUCUUUAAAGAUGAGUAUGAACAUGCUUCUUGCUCGUCGGUAAAGAGUCACGGCGACUGGAAUGUUUUGAUCGGGAAGUAUGACUCGGCCCUUAGGCGGGCCAGAGAGCAGAUCCGCGAGAGCGAAGAAGCCAAGAAGAAAGUGGAGGAGGCUCUUCGGGUGUCUUCGCAAGAAAAGACUGAGGCCGUUGCUCGGGAGAGGUCUCUCAGGAAAGCGUUUGUCGAGACGCGAACAUCUGACGCAGCUGAAUUGCAGAUGUGUAAGGAAGCGAUGAACAACCUCGAGGUUGUGGUAGAUAAGCAGCGGAAGGAAAAGGUCGACCUAGAAAGGAGGAUAGCCGCGGAAUCGCUUAGGCAUUCCGAGGAGAUGACCAGGCUUCGGAAAUCUCGUAGGUACGAGGUUACGCACGAGAGGAUUCGCGUGUUGAUCGCCAUGAUUGCUAAGGCUGAGAAACGCUUCCAUAGGAUUUCUCUUCGUGAGGAUCAACGGGACAAGUAUGACGAUGCUAGGUGCCUCUACAGCCAAGCCUUCGGAACGAGGAAAUGUCUCGAGCAGAUUAAGGCCUCAGGCGUCGAGAUCCCGCAGGAAACCAUCGAUUUCUUCGCUGAGCAAGAGAGGCACUAUGAAGAGGAAGCAGAACGCUUGGAAGUAAAGGAAAUUCCGGCAGAAGACCUUCGCCUCUCCCCGUUAGUGUUGGAAUCCCGGUUUCUGAUCGAAGAGAUUUGGCGUCAGCUCGACCCGUUUGGAUCGAACAUUGGUUUAAUCGAUUCAGAGGCUGCCAUCGCUCUUCGUACUCCCCUCGCCGACCGAAAUCCCCAAUCGGCAGACCCGACGGAGAAACCUGCUCAAACGGCCGUAUCGUCCAAUCAGAAUAUCGACCAAGGCGUCGAUCCAACGGGGCGAACAUCAGAGGGACCGGUUGUCCAGAAAGACGGGGCUGUGCCUACCAUCGUGCUGACUGAUUCCUCUGCAAAGGCGUCGAAGAACGCCAGCUCGUCGGCUUCCUCGUCAGAAGACCCGGGGAAGGGAGGCGACCUUCCAACCGAGACGCCAGCCGCGAAUGUUACCGAGGCAAUCCCAACGAAGUUUGGCCGCGUAUCGGGUCCCGGAGAGGGUGACGGCAGUGGCGACAAGGAUCUUCCUGUGGUCGAUUGAUAAUCCAUGUUGUUUGUUGUAACUUCUUUUACUCUUUUUUUUUGUUGCCUUGAUUCCUCGGAAUCUAUGAAUUCGGCAUUCUGUAGAAACUUUGAAAUUCCUAUUAAGUGUUUAUUUGGCUUCGAA